GACGCCGACGCGAGAAACUGCAUUCUCUUCUUUUUCUGGCCGCGUCGACGAGUAUUCGUAAUUUUCCCGAUUCGGGAGUGAUAUCGCCGGGGCUCCGCGAGCAUCGCGCCGGAGGCUGAGUCACGCGCUCGAUAAUUCCCGGUAAACAGCCUGUGGAUAAGAAUGGUAACUUAGUUUACGUAAACAUUGCGAAACCGUCCGCGACGGCUCGUUAUCGCGUUUUAUUAUUCGAUACGCGAGCAUUACCGAACCCACCGAUUUAGAAUUAAUCGCGCGAAGCUGUCCGAUCGCAUCAUCCGCGGCCCCGACGAGAUUCCUCCUCUCGUCCGAAGGACACGAAAGUCGUACGAUCGACGGAAUCGUUAAAAUAAACGCGCCGCGCGGAAAAGUCGAUCGACUCCGGCCAAUCGGACGACGCGAAGCCGCGCGACGAAACGCGUAACGUGUGUUUACAUAACCGUGAAACAAGAUCGCGUCGCGUUCGCGCGUUUCGGUAAUCCGUUUAACCGUUUGCCCGUUAAUUCCGGAUGAUGUCAUCGGUCUCCGGGAAGCGUCGUUUCGAUCGCCGAACGUUGGAUCAUCGUCGCGAAAUAAAGGCGGCUCCGUUAUACAUAUAUUCUCGCGUAAAAAAAACGGGCCUCCUUAUAAUUCGCUGAUCACUCAUUGAUAAGCCGCGCUCCGCGGCCCGUCGGCGAUCCCCCGUUUGCGCAAGAAACGUCGUCGUCCUCUUACGAGACCAACGCGCGUGAUUCACCCGGUUUCCUGCGGACGUUAAUUGUUAAAUUAUUACUUUCACGGCGCGGAUUUGGCAAGCCGGCCGCGCAUUAAGCAAUUAUCCCCACGGAAUCGGGGAGCGGCGUGUCGCUUUUAUCGAACCCUUCGUUUAAACAGGUUCUCCGGGGAUCGUUUACCCGUCGCGGAGAUUUCGCGGGCUCGAAAGCCGAGGCGACCUUCGAGGCUUCCAUAAAGUCCGCAAGCCUACGCCGACCGCGACCUCUUCAAAUCGCAGUCGCGAAUGAACGGCGAAGCGAGAGGAGGCUUUCGGCCGAGUCUAAUCGCUUUUUUCCUUUUUUUUUCUUUUCGAAAAACGAAAAUCAGUUCUGAGGCCUCACGGUCGAAGAUUCCACGCGCGCAAUGCGGAACGCUAUGCUGGAUGUCAACGGGUUACGAUGGGCGUGACCGAACGAAACGUUAUUAUGUAUACCGCGGAAAAUGCUUACAUGCCGGGGCUAUCUGCUUCACGUUUAUCUACACGCUCGCAUUCUGAUCUACGGUGGAACGAGUAGUUUGCGGUGUCCUUUGUAAGUUUCGCGUUAAUGGCUGCCGUUACUCCCACGCGCCACAUUAAGCCGCGUCGUUCCCGAGCUUGGUCGCAUGAAUUCUCGCCGGUGAAUACGUGCAACGGCCAUCUGAAUACAAUGGAGCUCGUCCAGGAGCUCCCCUCCCCACCUCUCGGCUCUAGGGACUUUAAAUUAGGCGAUUUGAAUUUUGAUCAAUAGACCGCCCUCUUCAAUGGACCGCGCCGGCUAUGCGCGAUGAUUCAAAUUUCCCGCGAUUCUCGUCCUCGAGAAGUCGUUCUAGCGUUCUUUCAAAUUCUGUCGAUUCUGUCGAUCGUUCUUCGCACGUUCGAAUCGUUUUUUUAUCAGUUUAAACGAAACGCGGAAACUAACGGCGGUUUACUUGUUUCUCAUUUUUUUUUUACGUUGUCUAGCCUGGGUUAUGUGCAACAUGACAGAACAACAUGACAGAGGACUCUACCGGCGGGAUGGUCUCUCGAUUUGUGGUUAGAUGACAUUUGAAAUGCGUAUUCGAACGUAAUUAAUCCAUUAACAUCGUUGCAGACCCGUCAAGGUAAGUAUGAAGUGUCUAAUUACUGUUUUCACGCGUUUCCGAUGUUAUUCAAUCGCGUAAUCAAUACCGGCGCGCGGACAGAUCCGAAUGACAUAACCUAUAAGAGAAAAACACUUGUCAAAGUAAUGACACUCGACAAUCUUGACAAAUGUGUCUUUUUCUUGUAGCAACUCCAAUCUGCUUCGCGUGCGCUCGUUUAAUGAAUAAUCUGGUAAAUGGUAUCAUCUGUUUGCACGAUUUGUCGUUGUUUAUAAACGACCUGUCCUACAAUGAUUUCUAUACAAUAAUUUUUUAAUUGAUACUUUGCGAUGUUAUUGUUUAAAGAGAAAGGAUGGCGUUCUGUAAAUGUCGUGAAAGGAAUGUACAGAGUUUCCAUGAUGCGAUUACCAGUCUAUUAAAUUCUAAUUAACAGAAGAAUUUAUGUAUGAAGCACACAGAUGCGGUUUCUAGUGGAAAACUAUCUAUAUUUGCUCGGGGAGAGUCGUUUGUUGUUGCACAGAUACCAUUAAUUGGUAUGUUGCUAGUAGGAAUACGGCAAGAUAUAGUGUUUCCUAUGAUCAGAGUGUCUAGGCAUGUCAGGGAAAAGGAAAAAGGUAACCUUAACGAUGAAAAAGAAGCUAGAAGCCUUAUUUAGAAUCGACAACGGCGAGCCACUGAAGAGAGUAGCUAUUGACUUGGGGGUGGGGACUUCCACUGUAUCAGACUGGAAAAAAAAUAGGAAGGACAUCGAGGAUUUCUGUGCCAAGAUGGUGUCCAGGGACAGCUUAAGCAACAGGGGAACGAUAAAAAAGGCAAAGAACGUGACACUGGACAAUGCUCUGUACAUCUGGUACGUUAGGGAACGCAAGAACGGCGUUAUCAUAUCGGGACCAAUGCUGAGAAAGAAAGCUCUCAGCCUCAACAAAAAGUUAGGUGGAGAUCCCACUUUCACGGCAAGCAUGGGAUGGCUGGGAAGAUGGAAAGGCCGUCAUGGAAUCAAAUUGAACCUCGCCAAUGAUUGUCUUUCCAACAACUCUGCUCCUGACAAGCAAAAGAACUACCAUCUACUACUGGGCACCGACUAUGAGUCGGAAGCUGAAGAGGACACUCGAAGUUCUGUACAGAGUAAACUCCAGGAUUCGAGAAACUUGGGACACGCACAGGCAGUGGUAAUGCUGGAGAAGUUAAUUGCAUACUUUGGUCAGCAAGGUGAUACACUGGACGAUGAAUUAAGUACUCUUAGACGUUUGUUUGAUCGUGCGUCGAAAAAGUGCCGAUCGGCUAUAAAGCAGGAAAAGACAAAACACUUUGUGCAAUAACGAUUCUCGGUGUACAGUUUAUAAAUUCUGUAAAUAUACGAUAAUUUUCUACGCUUUUACAUUUUAUUAUACGCCGACGCAAUAAAAUGUACGGAAUUCGAGGAAGAGAAAAAGGGACUGCGCAUCGAUUAUCCUACUUUUCGCCCUAUUAAUCCGAUGGCUCGGAUCUAAAGGGAGCAUCACGUGAGUAACAGGCUGGCAUCCUGCGCGCAAGUCGUUUUAAUCUGUUUUAUGUAAUCAAGCUAUUUACGAUGAGCCGGUGAUUCGUUUGAUGAUCGUCAUCCAAUUACAGCGCCGAUAGCCGUUUAAUUUAAUAGAAUACCAGGGUGAACAUCCUCUAAGAGACGCUAACCCGGGGGGAUGCACGGACACACGGACCUCCUGGGAAUCGCGGCAAUUCCAAUUUCCGCUCCGUCGCUCCGAUUCGCUCGACGUACCCUAAAAAGCCAUUCCUCUCCUAACGGACCAUUGAUUUUCAGCAAAAUUAUGCGUGCUCAGCAGCGAGAAAAGACCGCCAUCGAUACGAAAUCACCGUUAGGAUCUUGCAGAUGCAGGAAUCCUUCGAGUUUUCCGAGCGUGAACGAAGCCAUCGUCCCGAUACGAUUUGGAUUUCACGCCGACAAGUUCAAGCCGACGCCACAGAAAACGCAAUGAACUUGACCCCCCUAGGCGGCUUUCGAAACGAAUUAGGGGCACGGUUGUUGCGCAAACAGCAUUCACGCGCUGCGAAACAGCGAAACGUGAAAUGAAACUUCGGUAUAGAAUUCCAUUUAAUUGCACCGAUGGAUGCAGCGAUAACGAGACGGCGAUGGUGAAACUCGUUGCCGGACUACUACAGGGUCCGCGAGACGCUUCAAUCGUUGAGAACAAAGUUGGAGAUAAAUUGGGUUAAUAAUAGCGUUUCCAAGUAUCCUCCCAGAACCGAAUGCAUAUCCAGCAUAUUUUCAUGCUACGGUAUCUACGGGAGGGGGGUCAUGAAAAAUGACUUCACACUAACAAGCCUGAAAAGCCGCGAUAGGAGCUACACCGAGUGCUAUACCGAGCCAAUCGAAAACUAUUCGCCCCUUUAUCUAAUCGCCGUUCCUGCAUUAAUUACACGGAAUCACAGGCAACAGAGCCGGCCAUUCAUUUAUCCGAUCUUUGCUUUCAAUUCUCCUGUUCUUUCGUUUGUUUCUAUUGUUUGAACGCGUUCCGUCGAAUAGAAAUUGGCGAAUAUUUGAUUAAUCGAAUCAUAUGAAAUUGUUGCUUCAAGGGCUGCAGUUAGGAGACCCCCAACAAAGAAAACUCGGCGACACGAAUUUCUCGAGGCACCAAUGUAAUGCAUUCGGCAAUGAUCCACGUGACGUCAGGGGCCUGUAGAAAGUUGACAAGAAAAAUCUACAUUCCUGCAUGCGUUCCGGCAGUUUUACAUUCACCGUCGCCCCGCCGUGCUGUCGGCGUCUACGUACUAGAAGAGUCUGGCCGCGUGUAUGCGCCAGAUACGAAGCCCGUUCGAUCGUUCGUUCUUUCUUUCUUCAUAUAGUAUUCCGUGGACGCGCACCGGAGAGGGGUCACGUACCGGGGACAUGCAACUAAUUACGGUGAUCAGAUGUCGUUAGGGAUCUACCACGAAAACCAGCCCCAUAACUCGUGCCCCUUUCACCCGUGCCUUUUUUCCCCCCUCUAUCGGGGACAAACACUUUCGACUCGGGAUGAGGUAAUAACCGUGGACCCACCGUAUUUUCUAUCACGUUAAAAUCUACUGGGUGUUCCGAAGAAACGCCAAGGGGCCCCUCCCCCUUGGCACGGUUUGGACGAACGGAACGGUAACGAAUUUCUGAGAUCAUUGUACACUUUGUCGUAGACAGGCCCGAUAUAACUUUGUAAAUCUUUUGAAAACAGGUUCCACGCGGAUCGACGCAACGAGACCGUAUAGAUUUUCCCCGAUUCGUGUGGUUCGCAUAAAUCGACGAUUGACGGAACGCGGGAGUACGCGCCAAGCCUUGAAGUCUGUAACCGGAGUCGUUGGUUCUCUCGUCUUGGGUUCCAGGACUCGCCAAGGAUCUUUUUCUCUUUCUCUCUCUCUCUCUCUCUCCUGCUUGUUCUCUCCGGACUCUCCACGUAGCGUCGGGCAGAAGGAAGGGGGGGAUGCCCGAGAGCGGUCCAGCAACUCCCCAGAAAACGUGAUCGCGCUCGCGCUCGCGCGCACGCACGCAUCAGAAACGUACUUACGUUUUGCUGGUAGUACUCCAACUAACGUUUGCUAGCGAUGGGACGAACUAUAUACUCUAAAUCCCAAGGAAUAAAUCUAAAUCCCAAAAGCUAGCUUCGAAUUCUUUCAGCAAACGAUAAUCUUAGCUGUAAAUAAGCCUUAACAACGAUACGAGUUUUUACAGCAAUAAUCUAAACCGUGGAUUUCUCGGUCUCUUUGUAUUAGAUAACUAUCCAGAACGCAGUGAUCUUUGUAUCUAUGCGUCAACGGUUCGAGGUUAAUGCAAUAACUUCUUGGCGUACAAUGGAAACGUCGCGAAGAGGUCGGAGAAGAAGUUAUCGGCAAGUUUUUAAUCAUCCUACCAUUCAACAAUACGCAGUAUCUCCGUGAUAGCGAAUCAAAUAAUCUCCGUAAGCUCUGAUCCAUGAUCACCUUCGGUUUUCCUAGAUUCUGGCUACGGUGUCUAUUACUUUGGAAGGCGCCGUCGCUAUCUGAGCAAAGUCUACCGACAUAGAUUAGUUCCCAGCGGCGAGGCAUCGAGGCUAAUAGCAAUGAUAGCUGUCCAUCUCGGAAGAACCGUUGCAGGUUGAUAACACAGGGGAAGAGGAGUAGAAUAAAGACGUGCAUCGCGGUUAAGGCUUUGAUCGAAAAAUCAAGCUCACAGGGGAGCGUAGGGUCCUCUCGUAGGGUCUUUUCACUUUCUUUCAUUGAUCGAAAGGGGACCCGCGAAGAUCGUUCUCUGCUGGAUCGAGUCCAUCGCUAGCCGUGGCUUCGCACACACACACGACUUUCGCCGCGUUCGACUUGUCGAAAGGCCGUGGUAGUGGUGCGACGACGCCAGGAGGGAGGGUUGAUUGGUAGGGGCAAGAAAAUACGGCGCGAGAAAGGGAGAAAACGGAGACGGCGAGCGGAGAGAGAACGAGAAGGAGAGGAAAAAACGACGUCCAUUGAGAAUUACGGUAUUCGUCGAGUAGAAGAACGGGCCAGCCAGGUCUGGAGGGGCUCAUUAGAAACUCGAGGCAACGGCGCGCGCGCGCGCUCGCGCGAGCACGCGAGUAAUAUUAUUUCCUCGUGGAACGCAGGGGCUAAGGCCGAUCAAAUGCCGGGUACCGUUCAGGAAAGGAUCGAAGUCCGCUCCAAUUUCAUGUGCAACCAACGCUCCCGGCCCGUUACAAUAAUCGCCACCCGAAGGGGAACUAGUUCCGACGGUGGAGGAAAAACGGAAAACGUCCCCUACGACGCCGAUAAUCCAGAUGUUGCAAGCGUCUCCCCUCUAGGGAAACGUCGAGACUUUGUUCUUUGAGUUUGAUUUUUUUUUCUAAGAAAUCGAGCAGCGACCCCUCGCGAUUGCAGUGGCGGGAAAGCGGUUAUUUAAAUAUUCGAAUUGGUUAAGCAAAUCGGAGAGCUUCGCUCAGUUUUAUGUCUCUUAAAUGUCUCGAUAUUUUGUUGCCGACUGAAUAGGAACUACCAAAAUGUAUAUGACAUAAUUAACCGAUGCGGUGACUAACGAUAAUAAAUGAAAUAAUAAAAUAAAUUAAAUAAUUUCGAAUAAA